CUCAGCUCUCACCACGACUGUGGCGCUGGAUUGUUUACAAUCUUACAAAGCAAAUCAAUUUCCGACGACGAGUGUGCCACAUCUCUUGCGCCAGUGCAGUGUAACUACACCGCAGGUCAUUGUUUCCCCGGACGGGUGAGCCACAUUCACGCCAUCUAGGUAUGAAUAAAUAACCAUAACAAUAUUCUAUUCAUUUCGAUCAAGUAAUUAUUAAUUUAUUAAAACAAUAUUACGAAAUGUAAUAUUGUUGAUUAGCAAGUGUUCACUAUUGGAAUAUGUAAGGUCUAUAAACAAAUUCGACACGAUUUACUUUUUUAUCGUAUGUUGAAUUAUUGUUGGCGCUCGAGACCGAAAUAUUUUAUACUGAAAGUGGGUGGAGUAGCAUGGAACAAACAUUUUGGUAACCAUUUAUUAGCCACCACCAUCCCGCCGUCUAUAUCGUCCACUGACAAUUCGCCAUCUUUUUUAACUGAAAAUAAGGAACAUAGUACGCUGUAUGGUUUUAGGUUAGGUUUGCUUAAUACCUGCAACCACUUAACUACCACGAUUGUACUACGUAGAUUGCUUUGAAGUCGGUAGGACAGUUUAAGUUCUAAAGUAAACGGUGUUUAAACUCCAUCUUGACAUUGCGUCAUUUGGGUAUUUGACAGCAGUACAGCAACACUGAAGCAAUGGGUCGUACUGGUCGAAGAAAAAAUCUUCGUAAUCGGAAAGAGGCAGCUGCACAACGUAACACGGAUGAAAGAACUAGUAAAACGACAAAUCGUGGUUUAGAAACUAGAACACAAAAAAAUCAAUCUGAAACAAGUGAAACGACAGAUAGAAGUCUUCGAAUGCAGAAACGGGCAACUACACAAAAAAACACGGAUGAUGGAACUAGUGAAACGACAAAUCGUGGUUUAGAAACUAAACCACAAAAAAAUCAAUCCGAAACUAGUGAAACGGCAGAUAAAAGUCUUCGAAUGCAGAAACGGGCAACUACACAAAAAAACACGGAUGAUGGAACUAGUGAAACGACAAAUCGUGGUUUUGAAACUGAAUCUCGAAAAAAUCAACCUGGAACUAGUGCAACGACAGAUGAUGGUUUGGAAACUCAAAUACUGAACCAACCACCUGGUAUUGGUACAAUUAUGAAAUAUGGUGCUGUAAGAUGUGAUCCAGUGAGCGGAAAAGAUAUAAUACAGUUUCAAUGGACCGCACAAGGUCAAUUGGCAAUAUUAAUGGCUAUGGCUGGGAUCAGCCCUUACGGAGUGCAUAAGCAUAUGGAUGUGUAUAUUAUUAAAACGCGCCUUAAAAAAGUCCUCAACCUUGAUAUACCUAUUAACACAAUUUGGACUUAUCUUGAAUAUUUGUAUGAUUUGAAGCAAGCUGACGCAAUAGAACCUGUGGAUAAGGUUUUUUCUGAAGAUAAGGACUUUGAAUUACCUCAAACAGAGGAGUGGAGACAAUUAAUUGAGGAACAAAGAGCCUUAAUACAAAAAGGGGAUAAUAAAAAUACAGAUGGAACUUUGAUGGAUCCUGGAACAUCUGGGUUGUGAAGUUUUUACUGGAAGUUACAGUUGCAACAUAAACAAUUAAGAAAAUAAUUUUAAACCCUAAAUUAAAUCAGAUGUAAACUACAAUAUUACUUAGAAUUAUUUAUUUCAGAUAAAUCCAUUGCAAGUGCCAAAAUAUAUUAGUUUCUGUUAGAUUUAAGAUAAUUUUAGUGCACCAUUUGUCUCCUCUCUCUAACCCACGUGCAUCAUUGUAAAUUAAUGUUUAGUGGAACCAACCAUGUGUUAUAUAUUAAGAGGAC